GGAAGGGAGGGACAGGUACUGCCGGGCAGACCAGGUCUAUCAGGGACAGACAAAUGAGUCAAAGAAACAAAAAAUAAGGAGAAUUCAUGAAAAUGAGCAAGUUGCCGAUACUUCACCUCCUCUUCGCUCUUCUCCCGGCGGGUCUUUCUCUAAGUUGCACCCAGUGUACAGGAUUACCAUAUUAUUGUCCAGAAUCUACACAGCUAUGUUUCCUCAACCAGACCAGCUGCAUGUCACAGUCCUUCACCGUUGUAGAGGAUGGGAUCAUCACAGAGAAGACAUACAAGGGCUGUUCUCAGGGACUCAGGUGUAACCAGUCCGUGUAUAUGGACAUGGGCUUCAAGAAGACGUAUAUAAGUUCCUAUUGCUGUGAAACAAAUAUGUGUAACAACGCCACAGUCUAUGCUCGUGUGCCUGUGGCUGCACUCUUCUGCCAGAGAUGUCAGGGGAACAGCAGCACCUGUGCAACCUCCAACCUGACCUCAGUCCAGUGUGCCGGAGUGCAGGAUCGGUGUAUGACCGUCACCACCACGUAUGUCAAUGGUUCCAGUUCAGAUGUGGUGAUCAAAGGCUGUGGAACUGGAAAUCUCUGCGGACGAAAACUGUACUAUAACAGCGGUGGUGUAAAAGUGUAUUCUGAGAUAUCAUGCUGUGGGUACAACAACUGCAACCAGGCUGUGAGUAAAGUGAAGGGGAACGAGACUCUGAAUGGUCUUCAGUGCUACGGCUGCAAUGAGACAGGCAAGGGAGAAUGCAAUACAUCUAUCGUCAUCACACCAUGUACUGGAAGCAUGACCUCAUGUAUGGAUGCAAUAGGUUUUCCCAGAGGGAACGCUCUGCUGCGGGGGUGCUGCUCUGCGGAUGUGUGUUACGGUUUAUCGGCCUCCAUGUCCCUCCAGGCCAGUCAGAAGUUGUACUGCUGUACCGGCAACCUGUGUAACACUGGAAUCGCUGCCUCCUAUUUCCCGUCUGGAUCAACCAUGGCACGCGGCAGUGUCUACAAUGUACUGGUCACUAUGUUGGUACUUUUGGAAUUUCUAUGGACUUUUCUAUGAACAAUCAAGAUGAUAAAGGCCAAUAUGUUAAUAAAAUGUAUAAAGAUGGUCUAACUUUGUAACAGCGCAAAAUGGUAGAAGCCAAUUGCAAGACAGCUUUUGAUUGGACUGAUACUAAAAACUGAUUUCUGAUUUCUUGCCCACAUUUAUCUUAUGAAGUCUGACCAUCAUUGGUGGAAAGUAUAUGAAGAAAAAACUUUGAGAGCCA